UGGCUGGUUGAUCCGUCCCGCCACUGGAGCCAGGAAGCAGCGCCAUAAUUUAACUUUUGUUUCCCUCUUCGGUCUGUUUGCGGUCGAAUUUUCCAGAAAAUAAUCAGGUUAAACGAGAGUAAAGUUAAUUCAGAGUCGAGCUUCAGGAGGUUUGUGAAGCUGACGGAGGGAACUGAUGCGGACGGGGCUGGGAAGCUAAGUUGGCUAGCUAACGGUAGCGGGUGUUUUCAGCCUCCGUUUGCCGGAGAUAGCGCCUCCUUCCCGGCUACGUGAGACAUGAGCCUCCCGGUGAAUCUGCAGGCGUUACCGGCCGGAGUUCUGGAGGAGGUUUUCACUCCGGAGAACUUCAGAGGAAAAAGGACCUCGGUGAAUUCUCUCAACCAGCUGAGUUUCCCUAAAUCCAGAUCCGCCCUGUGGGACGGCAGCUCUGCAGGAGAGAAGCUCCGGCUCCAUCUCUGCUCACACAGGAAACCUCGUCUGGUGCUGCUGGAGAAAACCCUUCGUCUGGCCCAUCGCCACGCUCGCCAUGGCAACAAGCCCCGCCUCCACUGCUUCCUCCUGGGCUCCGUGUCCGUGGACUCAGAUGAGGAGGGCGUCACGGUGACUCUGGACCGGUUCGAUCCGGGUCGGGACCAGGCCGGGGCCUCGGGGCGGGUUCCCUCGGCGCCGCUGCCCGGAGACGUCCUGGUUCCCUGUUUGUUCUCGGCUGAGGACGAGUCGCGCUCCGUGGUCCAGUCGGAGGCCGAGCUCCAUCACUGCUUCCAGAUGUUGCAUCAGUCCGUCAGCACCAGACAGACUCUGGAUCUGUCUCAGCUGUUGAAGGUCCGGGUUCGCGUGGUUUGUUCCCAGCGGUCCGACGCCGCGGCGUUCGUCCUGAGCUGGGCGGCCGUGUGUCCGUCCGUCUGCGUGGACGUCCAGCCGGUCAGAGCCGUCCCCAUCAUCCCCACGGCCCUGAUGAGGAGUCUGACCAGCGUCGGACGGGUGACGCAGCCGCCCACCGGCCCACAGAGAGGGUUUCUGACCAUGGACCAGACCAGGAAGCUCCUCCUGCUGCUGGAGUCUGAUCCCAAAGCCUCCAACCUGCCGCUGGUUGGACUGUGGCUGAGUGGAGUUACUCACGUCUACAACCCUCAGGUGUGGACCUGGUGUCUGAGGUUCAUGUUCAGCUCCUCCCUCCAGGACAGGGUUCUGUCUGAAGGAGGCGCUUUCCUCCUCGUUGUGUUCAGCUCGACUCACAGAGCUCCUCAGUUCUUCCAGUGCACAGGAACCGGACCAGGACCAGGACCAGGACCAGGACCAGGUCUACAGCUGGACUGCCAGCUGCUGACCGCCUCCCAGUCUGUUUCUUUCUACCAGCAGGUGGCGCCGGUGGACGGUCGUAGUCUCAGAUGUGAGCUGAGUUCAGACGACCAGGGCCGACAGACGGACGUGUUCAGAGCAGCUCAGAGCUCCUUCAGCCGUGCGUCUCCUCCCGGUCUCUCUGUGAGUGACCAGGACUCUGGAGUUGAGGAUGAAGAUUUGUCUCCACGACCGUCCCCCAGUCCCCACCCCCCAGCUCAGCAGACUCCUCGGGUUCAUCCGUCUGUCCCUGAACUCUCCCUCCUGAUUGACAGCAGCUUCUCCUCCAAUCACGGCGCUGGACGGGGGUCUGGCUCCGCCCCUGCUCCUCCUCCUCCUCCUCCUAAAGCUGAUAGGAAGGCCACCUCCUCCAGACCUCCUCCUCACCUCCACAGCACCCCCAACUCCAACCUGCAGCAGUCCUGCACCUGCUGCCCCCCCACCUCCUACAGCUGCACCUCCAUCUUCUCCUCCCCUGCUGCUACACCUCCCUCCCCUCACCCUGCUCCUGCUCCUCCUCCAUCCCAUCAUCAUUCUUCGCCUCCUCCCUCCGUUAAGCCUUCCACUCCCCUCUGCUCUCACCACUACGCCCCUCCUUCCUCUCCUCCUCCUCCUCCCCCCUCCACCUUUGCCGUCCCUCCUGCUCCUUCCUGUCAAUGCGCCCACUCUUCCCCACCUCCUCCACCUUCUCACCCCGUGUCUCCUCCCUGGUUGCCUCCUCCCUCCUCCUGUAUGACAUCAGACACCUACCAGCUCCUCCUCCAUCAGGACCGCCAGCUGCGCCUCCUUCAGACUCAGGUCCAGAUGUUGCUGGAGGCUCAGGGGAAACUUCAUGUCCAGUCUCAGACGUCCAGGACGACGUCCAGCGUUGCCGUGGGAACAGGAGCCAGUCUGUUCUGGGGGAAUCCAGUGGAGCCUCUUUAUCGCCAGGAGGCUUCUCCUCCUCCUCCACCUCCUCCUCACUCAUCCCCUCCCAAACCUCCCCCGUCAGUGUCCUCCAGCCCCCCGUCCUCCUCCUCCUCCUCACGUGACGCCUCCUUCGUGAGGCCGGUGGGCGGAGCUGAGGUUCAGGUGACUCCCAGGUCCGAUCAGAACAGUGUCCGGAGUCCAGUCCUGGGAGAAAGUGUCAGUAUGUACAGAGCAGCAGACGAACAGCAGAGCUUCUACCACAACCUCAUGACUCAGCUCAACAGUCGUCUCCAGGAGUCAGACAUUAAACAGGACGAGGACGACGAGUCCAGGAGUCGGUCUGUGGUGUCCAAACACUCCCAGGCCUCCACUCCUUCUUCUUCUUCUUCUUCCACCGCCGCCUCCUCCUGCGCCUCCUCCUCGUCCUCGUCCUCGUCCAGGAGGAGGAAGCAGCAGAGGAGUCCGGAGGGAGACCCGGUGGUGAGCGCCACCUUGAGGCAGCUGCAGCAGCUUGGAGUCGACGUGGACCGAGAGGAUCUGGUGGACUCGGAUAAAGACCGACUCAGAUCUGUGGAGAGCGCCAGCACGCUGGCGAGCAUCAACCCGGCGGCCGUCUUGUCCAGACUGAGCGUCUCCGAGCCGACGUCCAGCGUCCUGUCCCCCGGGGGCAGCGUGGACCUGAGCCUGGAGGCCAACGCCAUCGCCCUGCGCUACCUCAGCGACUCCCAGCUCAGCAGGCUGUCUCUGGGAGGCCACGCCCCCCGCCACAACCCCGCCCCCUCCCCCAACGCCUCCCUGCUGUCGCCUAGCAACAUGUCCCUCGCCACGAGGAAGUACAUGAGGAAGUACGGACUGAUUGAGGAGGAGGAGGAGGAGGAGGAGGAGGAAGAUGGCGAGGAGGAAGAGAAGGAGGCGCCGGUUCUCCAGCCGCUCGCUCUGAACACCAAGCUCCUCCCACAGAGUCAGCUGAUCCGCGACCUGAGACCAAAGAUGCAGCUUUUAGCCGGAGGCGACAAGGAGAACUGCUCCAGCCGGCGGCCAUCUUUAGUCAGGGCGAGCAGCCGCCAGUCCGAGGGUUCGGUGGGAAACAUCCUGGACUUGAGUCGCCUCAGGGAGUUGCCCAAACUUUUCUGAGAACCUGCCGUUCACUUCCUGGUCCGACUGGAGACCUGGUUCAACCGCCUCAGGUCUAAAAACGGUCCCGUUUUAAAUGGAGUCUGGUUUAAUUCGUCCACGUUGACUCGGAGACGUUGGUGUGAACUUUAAAGUGUGGGUUUAUCACAGGGUUGUUGUUGUGCACUCAUGAAUUAUUCACGUCUCUUUUAAUGUUUCUCAUUUUUUUUGUAGUUUCCUGUUUUAAUGUGAAAUUAAUUUUGCACAGACUUUUUUUUAAAUAUUUAUGAUUCCUCUAAUAAAAUCUGCAUUUAAACCUCUGAAUCCCAAGUCCGUCCGCGGGCUCAAACUUUUUUAUGUUUAAAUUAUUCAUAUUUACAAACCCUUUGUCCGAUCUGAAAGCUGUAAAGACUGGCGAAGUUUCCGAGGGUCCCUGAAUGCCUCAGUGUGUAUGUGGCCGGCGGAAAGUAAACAAUCCUGUUCUUUUUACAAUGUUUUCUUACAUUCGGGUUGUUUUAAACUUCUUCGGAGACAUUAUUGAGUUGUAUCAGCGUGUAGCCGGGUUUGUUCUGACCUAUUGAUGCGCAGGACUUUAUAUUAGAAUAAAAAAUGAGACCACAGUCUCAGAAAGUCUCAGAAUUUUUAUAUUCUCUGAAUGUAGUGCAACCACUAAUAUUUUUCCUAUCUUCCUUAUGCUUCAGGAUAUCUGAAAAUGUGUUGUAUAUAAUAAUUCAUAAUUUUUUGAAUAUUUUACAA